UAUACCAUGGUCUUAUCCCAGUUCAUACACAGCCAUUGACAAGCAAGAAACAACUUCUUAUACAAGGACAGAUCAUGGACCAGCCUCACGCGCUUCUAGUCGCUAGCCCUGGCUUAGGCCACCUCAUCCCUAUCCUCGAACUAGGCAACCGUCUCUCCUCCGUCCUCAAGAUUCACGUCACCAUUCUCGCCGUAACCUCCGGUUCCUCCCCGAUAGAAACAGAGGCCAUACGUGCAGCCAUGGCGAGAGGGACAUGUGAAGUUAGGGAACUACCCUCAAUUGAUAUAGACCACUCCCCAGAUGCGACGGUACCUACUAAAAUCAUAGAGAUGAUGCGAGCAACGAAGACAAAGACGGCGGUUCAAGACGCCGUGAAAUCAAUGAAUCGGAAACCGACGGUCAUGAUCAUAGACAUUUUUGGUACCGGGUUGAUGUCCAUUGCUGAUGAUAUUGGCGUGAACGCUACGUACGUGUACGUCCCUUCCCACGCGUGGUUCUUGGCUGUAGUAGUGUACACGCCGGUAUUGGAUAGAGUCGUGGAAGGGGAAUAUACUGAUAUCAAAGAGCCUAUGAAAAUACCAGGUUGUAGACCGGUCGGACCGGACGAGCUUUUGGAAACAAUGUUAGACCGGUCAAACCCACAGUACCGAGAGUGUAUGCGGUGUUGCGAGGAGAUACCUAUGAGCCUUUAGGGAGGAUGGAGAAUUGAGCCGGGUUAUGAAAGCACCGGUUUAUGGUAUUGGGCCUAUUGUUAGGUCUAGUGGGCCUACUGAAAAGGCCGAUAACAUACUUGAGUGGUUGGACAAGCAACCGGAUAAGUCAGUGGUGUUUGUGUGUUUAGGAAGUGGUGGUACACUGUCCUUAGAGCAAACUAUGGAACUCGCUUACGGUUUAGAUUUAAGUGGUCAAAGGUUUCUAUGGGUUCUGCGUAGGCCCACUUCUUACCUUGGGGCGAGCUCGAGUGAUGAUGGUCAGGUAAGUGCCGGUCUACCAGAAGGUUUCUUGGACGGCACGCGUGGUGUUGGUCUUGUUGUCACGCAAUGGGCACCGCAAGUUGAGAUUUUGAGCCAUGGAUCGAUCGGUGGGUUCUUGUCUCAUUGUGGGUGGAGCUAUUAGAUAUAGAAAGUAUAUAAUUCUCUAACGUUCAUAUUCUUCUCAUUAUGUUUAUUGAAACGUAAACACAAAGAUCCAAGAAUUCCUCAACAAGUACUCACUUGUUAUUAAUAUCUCAAACUCACAACUUUCUCAAGUCAUGUUACAACUCUAUAUAUAGUCAAGACAAACUCCUAAACUCAUUAGGUAAUCGACAUAUAGA